AGAUGACGAUUUCUUCAUCUCCACAUUUUGUCAUAUUUCCCUUCAUGUCCCAAGGCCACACCAUCCCCCUCCUCUACUUCUCCCGCAUCCUCCGCCACCGCGGCGUCUCCGUCACCGUGAUCACCACCCCCACCAACAACUCCGCUAUUAGAGCCGCCGUAAAGAAUGACUCCAUCUCCGUUAUCGAUAUCCCGCUCCCGGAGGAUGUCGUCGGUGCUCCACCCAGGGUAGAAGUUGGAGACAAAAUAUGUGCCAUGGCGUCGUUCAUUAAUUUCGUGGAAGCCACACAACAACUCCAGCCUGGGUUUGAAGAAGUCGUUCGCAGUCUACCGCCGGUCAGCUGCAUAAUCGCCGAUGGGUUUUUCAGUUGGACUCAAGAGUCCGCCGAUAAGCUCGGGAUUCCCCGUUUGGUUUUCUAUGGGACCAACAUGUUUUGUAUAACCAUCGGCUACAUCAUGACCAAGUUCAAGCCACAUGCAGCAGUUAGUUCAGACGACGAGCCGUUUCCGGUUCCGGACUUCCCUCGGCUCAAGUUGACGGUGAACGACUUCGAACCUCCGGUUAGCGAGGUCGACCCCAAAGGUCAGGCGCAUGAUUUUCUCGUGAAGCAGCAAGAGGCUAAUGCCAGGAGUCAUGGGAUGGUGGUAAACAACUUCUACGAACUCGAACAAGAGUUUAUCGAUUACUGGAACCAAAACUUCGGACCCAAAGCUUGGUGUGUCGGACCUUUCUGUAUAGCCAAACCAGCUGCACCAAAACCGACGGUGGAAAAGCCAACAUGGCUCCUGUGGCUCGAUGAAAAGCUUGUGGAGAACAAGCCGGUCAUAUAUGUAUCUUUUGGUACACAGGCGGAGGUGUCACCUGAGCAAUUACUUGAGGUGGCCGUUGGUUUGGAGAAGUCGAAGGUAAACUUCAUGUGGGUAGUGAAACCGAAGCAUUUUGAGUUGAUAGGAGGUGAAGGGUUCGAAGAGAGGGUGAAGGAGAGAGGGAAGGUGGUGACUGAAUGGGUGGACCAGGUKGAGGUUCUGAAUCACGAAAGCGUACAAGGGUUUCUGAGUCACUGCGGGUGGAACUCGAUGUUGGAGACGAUUUGUGCGGGGGUGGCGGUUCUGGCAAUGCCGUUUAUGGCGGAGCAACACCUGAAUGCAAGGUUGGUGGUGGAGGAGAUCGGGAUGGGGUUGCGAGUKUGGCCAAAGGARAAGGUGGCGCGUGGGUUWGUKGGGGCGGAGGAGGUGGAGAAGAUGGUGGUGGAGUUGAUGGAAGGUGAAGGUGGGAGAAGGGUGAGGGAGAGGGUGGCGGAGGUGAAGGAAGGUGCAUAUGGUGCAAUGAAGGAAGGUGGGUCAUCAUGGCGGACAUUGGAGUCACUGAUUGAUCAUGUCUGUGGAACUGUGCAACCGACAGCUUAAUCAUUAUCCUUCUCUCUACUUCUCUUAAGAAAUAAAAGGGUCAUGUUGAAUUGAUCCCAAGUUGAAAGAAAGGUUUUGUAUUCUUCAAUCAUUCCAUCACAUUCACUAGCUUUUUAUCCAUUCACACAUGAAUGAUGGUAUAGAUUCAUUUUGUAAGCUUUCUCGAUUCAUCCUUUCAUGAUAUGAAGCGUACUUGUAGUUUCUUUUGGGCCACACAUUCCCAUACU